AUGGAAGGACAAGGGAGUCGAGGUUUUAAGUGCAAGAUAUAUUUUAUGGAAGAGGAUGAACAUGAAGAGGCAAGCAAUAAAAAAGACAGGAAAUGGGUGAAGGGUCGGAGGGGGAUAGAAGACAAAACAAUGUUGAAUAAGACGACAGCAGAAGCACAGGAAAGAAAAAGGCAAAGAAAUCCCAUGAAAAUGAUGAAUGUUGACGAAAAUUUCCCAUGGAUAGCCCAGGGAGAAUCAGAUGGCAAUUCCCAUGUUGGACAAUCAAAAAAGGGCAUCCAGGAUUCAGAACUCCAAGGCUUAGCUCAGGGAGGUCUUUUUGCUGGAUGUCCAUCAGUCAAGUACAUCAAGGGACCACCAUUGGCCUCUUUCCAGCUAGGCCACGAAUGCGUUCUCCACAAUCAAGCUAAUGCUGGUGAUCUCGAAACGAAGUGGCGUAGGGAAUAUGGCAUGCUUUAUCAUGUUGGGGGCUGUUUGGGGCAAGACGUCCUGGUAAACACCACCUUCAUCCUGAAUCUCUUCAUUGGCCAGGGGCUUUCCACUGUUGUUAUUUGCACACAAAGACACCUAGCACAUUCAGAUGAAACUCACCACCACCAACACAAGAUCCUGAAUCUGGCAUUCUCUCUUAUGCAGCUCUGA